GGGCUCACUUCUUCUCAGUCGCCCGAGGAAGCAGGUCAGCUCCUGAACCUCGCAGCUGUCCAACAGACUUUUGGUGCCUGAUCGUUUUCAGGAGACAGAAUCUGGACAAUUAGGGCAUUCUCUUUGGGCACUCGUAUGGCAGAGGCACCUGUGUUCUCUCUGGUGUGAGCCCGUGGGCUCUUCAAACCCACAUAGUGGGCAAGCAUGAAGCCCAAGAACAGAACGAUCGCCACAAGAAAGUGGACCAGGAGUGCUGUGGCCAGCCGCACUAGGUCUGCUUCCAUGGCCACGAUGUCUCUGAGUGAGACAGACAUGCCAUCCCUCCGGAAGCAGAAAAGGGCCAGGCCUCCUCAGGCCCUCAGUAACAUUAUCGGAUGCAGAAUUUCUCACGAAUGGAAAGAAGGCAAUGAGCCAGUCACCCAGUGGAAGGCCAUCGUUCUAGACCAACUGCCAACAAAUCCCUCUCUCUAUUGGGUGAAGUACGAUGGGAUCGAUUGUGUCUACUGCCUGGAGCUCCAAAAUGACGAAAGGAUUUCAAAGCUUAAGAUCCUGCCUAAUAAAGUGUCAUUUCCUCAAGAGACAGACAACUACCUGGAAAACACCUUAGUUGGCAAAGCAGUGGAGCACAAAUUUGAGGGCAAAAAUGGCUCCAAGGAUGGGUGGAGGGGGGUGGUCCUGGCCCAAGUGCCCAUCAUGAAGACCUGGUUCUACGUUACCUACGAGAAAGAUCCGAUCUUGUACGUUUACCAGCUCCUGGAUGACUACAUUGACGGUAACCUCCGCAUCUUAACAGAUGUUUCUCCAACAGAGGUGAAGUCAGAAGUAGGAGGUGGUGCCUUUACAGGUAGUGCUGUACAGUACACCCAAGGCGACGGAACCAAAAAGAUGGGCAAGGUCAUCUACCAACUUCCAGCCAUACCUUCCGUCCAUUUCAUCAAGUUUGAUGAGGACACCCAUAUCUACGUCUAUGAUUUGGUGAAAAGGAUCAGUUAAAGCAAAAUUCACCAAGUAUGGGGAGGCAGACAUAUAAUGAAUAGAAUUUUUUGGGGGAGGGGGGAUAAUUUUCCUGCAAUAUCAGACACCUACGGGUCUCUGAUAACCCUGGUGUAUUUUCCACUGGAAUGUGUUUUGCCAUAAAAAUAAAAAUUUGUGUCCAUGA